AAAAUACGUCAAAAACAUCGUAUAUAAAAACUAACCACCUGCACUAUAAAGCUGCGCUUUGACUUACAUGCGCCACUUUCGAGCCACUUUGAAUUUCGGCUGACGUGCUGCUGCCUUCUCCCAGCAGCCGAAAAGCCGGCUGUCAGCAGAGGUAUGACGUCACAGCGCGGGAAGGCGUGAUACGUCAUCAAUAUCUCAACCAAUCAGGGGCUUGGAUCUCAGCUGACAACAGCACAGCAGCCGAUUCCGACCAGGCCUAUGAUGUUGAAGUCAUGGUCCUUGGAUUUUGACAGAGGGCAUCAACUUGCACUGCAUGAGAGAGCAGCAGUGCAGCUCAAGACCACUCCUGCAACCGAGGAUUGACAGGCAUUGCUACGCGACCUGGGAGUAGCAGACCACAUUCUGCCUCGGUCCACUCAGCCACAGAAGAUACUGAGUGUUCUGCUGAAAGCCAGUAAGGGAGAGCUGUCAUGGAUGCAUGUGGUGAAGAGGCGGGGAGACGUGCCAAGUGUGAUGCUGUGGGAGGCACAAUGUCGCCCGAUGACUCCGCUCCGUCAGAGGCUGACGGAUCCCGCGCGGUGGAUGGGCAGAGAACUGACCGGAAAGCGACUGCGGCCGUCCAGCUCCACUCAUUGGUCCCAGCCAGUGACUCGGACCAUGUGUCAGUGACUGAGUCUCGUCUGCUGCCGCCACAGCACAGUGCGGUAGUGGAGGAGCGAACGGACGCGCCGCCAGAACAGUCUCCGGAGCUACCGGCUGGCGUCACCGUCAAAUCGGAGCGAUCAUCGGACGGCGGCGGCGGAGCGCCCGACCCGGAAUCGGAGGACCAGCUGACGCACAUGGAGCUGGGGACCGUGUUCCGGGACACGCUGACUGGGCUACUGGCAGAGGACCCGUUGCUGAACGACCUGCCGGCCGUGCUGACGCCCGCCGAGCUGCGCUCGCUGACCGCUCUGGAGCGCGGCACGGCCAUGGGGGUGCUGGUGAACCGCGGCCAGCGGCUGACGCGGGUCAUCGUGCAGCGCACCGCCACCGUGCGCGACCUGAAGAUGGCGCUGCGCAGCGCCGUGGAGCUCGAGCUGGCGCGCCGCGGCGGCCGGCGGCGCGCCAUCAGCUGGCGGUACGUGUGGCGCGCCAACUGGCUCUCGUUCGGCGGCCAGCGGCUGAAGGACGAUAACGCCCGACUGGAGGAGCUUGGUAUAGGUAACCGGGCCGAGGUCCGGUUCGUGAAGAGGAUCCGCGCCAAGCGAGGACAGCGCGACAAGAAGGGCGGCCAGGUGUGAUCGGAUACACUCAGGGUGAGUGACCGAGGAGGAACCGGUUGGGAUGGCCUAUUUGAAUAUCUGUGUUGUGUUUCUUGCCAGUGCAUUGUGGCGUAGGCGUUGAUUGCUAUUAUCAGUGUCAUAUUUUGAGGAUCUACAUUGUUUUGAUUAUUACCAAAAGUGAAACAUCGUCUGUGUCAAUAUGGCGGAGCUUGCCUCGAGGUAAAACCUAACAAUGUCAUGUCAUCAGUUUUUUAAGUGACUACUUUAAAGCGUGUUUUCUAUGUUUGUGACAAAACUUUUAUUUAGUAUUUUAGUGUAAAGUAAAGUAACUAUCCCUGAACAUUUCUUGAUGCACAUGCAUUUUGUGUUCUGAAGAAGCGUUAUCUACUGGCAUUUGUCGUUUUUAUGUUCGAAUCAUCUUUGGCAGUACUUCAUUUAUUAUGACGUCAUGGGUGGUGGGCGGUGGCCCGACUUCACGAUAAACAAUCCUCCAAGCGAUUGAGCGCUACCAAGAAUCAGCUAACCGCACCCUCCCCCAACGACUGUUUAUUUGCAUGAACCUCAGGGGAUUCCCCGGUUUCGCUUUAGACAAACGGCCAUUGGUUAAGACUUGUUGGAUGAGCAAGUGGAAAUAAACACCCUGAGUGCUUGUUUCCGUUCGUGCUGCUCUGGUCGUUUGUAUUCGUCGCUACCCGCUGCCCCAGGCGUGCUGCAGGACCACCAUGUCUGCCAUAUAAAGUCCGCUGCGGCCGGUGUGAGUCAGUGUUGGGUCGGACGCCGCCGGGAGACUCACUGUUCCCUCGCUGCCGCCGCCGCGUGGGCCUCCACUGCCGCCGGAUCACCGUCAUGCUGCCGGUCUGUCUGCUGGUCUACUGCUGCCUGGCCACGGCUCGCUUCGGCUGGGCCAAACCAUCACCAGGCGACGAGAGUGAGGACCGGGUGCGAAAGUUCAUCGCCAAGAAUUGGAGCGCUAGCCGACCGGCGCGGAUGCCGAAUGACGUGGUGAACGUGACGGUCAGCAUAUCAGACGUGUUUCUAGAUUUUGAUCUAGAUGAUGGUGAUGCGGUGUGCAAACUGACAUCCUGGUUUCGACUGGUAUGGCGCGACUAUCGACUCGACUGGUCCGAUCAGCCGCUAAUGAACGACACCACUGCUGUCAAGAUCAGGCACAGCUUUAAGUGGGCUCCCACCAUUCACUUUGUCGGAGUUGAUGUGACCAGGAAGUCCCGCAGUAUGAUGUCGGAACUCGGCCAAGCCGUUGUGAAUCGGACAGGAACCGUGAUGAUGGUGGUACCGGCUCAAUUGUCUGUGCCUGUUCAGUACUUUGGAGCCCAUUCCGAACGCAAGUGCAUUUUUACCCUGACUUCGAUGCUCACAAACCUGGAUUUCAUUGAUCUUUGGACAAGACAGUCAAGAUUUGAUGUGGCUUCUGUUGGAUCCCUAGUCACAGAAGCGUCGAUUGAACGGAAAGAGAUUACUCGUGAAUGCUGUUCAAGGCCCUUUGCUGCGCUAGAAUACACUAUCGCUCUUUAGCUUUCCAAACGAUACUCCGCUCGUUACGCCAUGUGACAGUGUUUAAUGAUCGAAAGUUCAUGUGAAGACUGUCAACUGGAACGCGACCUAACAAGGUGCAAUGACCGAUAUCCUGGUCUCUGAGUGGUUAGCGCAAUGUGGCAUGUUUUGUUCUCGGAAGCUACCGCCAUGAACAUGUUAAAAACACGUGCCGUCGGCUUUGCUACGCCGUUCGCCACAUUACUGUGCUUGUAGCUGGUGUUGAGAUGCUGGUUAAGCAGUUUUGGGAGUUGGACCGAUCGCUGUGUCCCGCUUCGAGCCUUUUCUGGUUAGAUGCUUCUUUUGUUUGCUGUACUUGUCUAAGGCUACCAUUGCCACGCGCUCUGCUGUCGAUGUUUUUAAAUGCUUGCAAUAUACUCAACGGUCGGGGUA